AUGACAUCAAAUAGUAAGAAUAGUCGUUUUGUAGUAUUUGAAGAGAAAAUUAAAGAAUUAAAACUUUCUGAAGAAGAGCAAGCGGCAUUUCGUAAAGCGAAAUCACAACUACAAAACCAUAGACUUUUUGUUGGUGGUUAUGUUUCUAGAGUAAGAAAGUUUACUAUCGGUACAAGUAUAGCUAUAAGUAUAGGAUCAAUAGCUAUCGGAAGUCAGAUAGGAUUUUUUACUGGAGCUGCUGCUGGAAUAAGAACCGUUAAAUCUUUACCUAAUUCUCAAAGAAUUUUUGAAAUUAUUAGAGAAGUUCAAAAUUUCAAAAAAUUUCCUUCAAGAAAAGGUCUAGACGUAGAACAUGAAGAUAAUAAAGAUAAUAAUCAAUCAUCCAAUUUCCCUGAUGAAUUUUCAUCAGAUGAUCAAGGUUUUAAUGAUGGUGGUGAUGACGGUCAACAAUCUUCAUGGGAUAAUUUAAGAUCACCAUCAACUUCUUCAAAGGAUGGUAAUAAUGGUAGUUCUUGGGAUCAAAUUAGAACACAAAAUUCAGGUUCGAGCACUUGGGAUAAAAUUCGUCAAAAUAACAAAGUGGGACAACAACACAAACCUACAUCCGAUAAAUAUAAUGAUGGUUAUUCUAAUGAAAAUUUACCAAGAACAAAAGAAGACUUUGAUGAAUUAUAUAAUAAAGGUAAAAUUAGAACAAAUCAAUAUGGUGAUGCCGAAGUAAGAUAUGAACAAUAA